AUGCCAACUAUAAUGUUUUGUUUUGUCUUCCCGGAACCGAACAAGGACACAAACACAUUACCUGUGAUUUCAAAUGAUUGUGGGAAGUGGCCACCCAAAAUAAAUGACGAGGUACGGAAAGUGCUUGUUGAACGAGGGCCUCAGCAAGUCACUGGCAAAGAGUUUCCUGCGGACAGUAAAGGUAGGAGAUUUUCUUCAAAUCAUUACACAAGGAAGCUGUGCAACGGAGAACAAGUUCACAGAAAUUGGGUACUAUACUCAAUAUCGAAAAAUGCAGCAUUUUGUUUUCCUUGCAAACUGUUUGGAAACACGAAUUCUUUUCUUGCUAGUGACCAAGGGUAUUCUGACUGGCAAAACCUACACAAGACUUUGAGCAGUCACGAGAAAUCCUCUGCUCAUGUUAAAAACUGUACGUUUUGGCGUGAGCUCUCUGUACGUUUACGAUUAAACAAAACUAUUGAUGAAGAACAUGAAAGACUUAUCCAUGCUGAAACUGAACAUUGGCACCAAGUCCUGAAACGAUUACUGUGUAUAGUACAGAUUUUGGGGACACAGGGGUUGGCCUUUCGAGGGAAAAAGGAUGUUCUUUUUGAACAUAACAACGGAAACUUUUUAAAAUUGGUAGAACACAUAGCAAAGUUUGAUGUUUUUAUGGCUGAACAUGUGAGAAGGAUCAAAUCAAAAGAAACACACGUUCAUUAUUUGAGCAAAAAUAUCCAGAGCGAGUUCAUUCUGUUCUUGUCAGCCAAGAUCCAAGAUAAAAUCUUGCAAGACCUACAGCAAGCCACAUAUUAUUCGAUAAUAUUAGACUGCACUCCUGACGUUAGCCAUACUGAGCAAAUGACGUUUGUGAUAAGAUUUGUGAAGAUUACUGAAAAUGAAGAUGUGGUAAUUAAAGAAAAAUUUUUAGGUUUCAUUCCUAUUAAAGAUUCAUCAGGUGAAGGUCUCACAGAAGCAUUAUUGAAAGAACUAAAGGAACGAGGAAUUCCUUUAAAAAACAUGAGGGGUCAGGGCUAUGAUAAUGGUUCGGCAAUGAAGGGAAAGCAUGUUGGAGUUCAGAAGAGGAUCCUUGAUCUAAAUCCUAGAGCAUUUUAUGUUCCAUGUGGAAACCACUCCCUGAACUUGGUAAUUAACGAUGCAGCUCUGUCUUGCAAUAGUGCAGUAGACUGUUUCAGCACCAUACAAGAAAUAUAUAACUUUUUUUCUAGUUCUACUCAAAGAUGGAGUAUUUUGCUGAAAAACGUUUCGAGUCUAACAGUCAAACCACUCUGCAACACUUGGUGGGAAAGUAGAAUUGAGGCAUUAUUACCCUUGAGGUACCAUAUUGAAGAAGUAUAUGAUGCAUUAUAUGAAGCUUCUCAAGACAAGAACCUUGAUGCAUUUGGUAGACAUACUGCCGUAGGACUAGUAAAAAAACUGCAAAGCUUCAAGUUUCUGUGUUGUAUUGUAACUUGGCAUGAGAUCCUGUAUAAAACAAACAUGGUUAGUAAACUGUUGCAAAAGGUCACAAAUGAUCUUCAAAGUUCAAUAGAUCUUCUUAAGAGUGUAAAAUCAUUUUUGGAAACUAUGAGAUCUGAAGAAGGACUAAACAGCGUCAUUACUGAUGCAAAGGAACUUGCAGAAAAAAUUGAUGUUGCAGGUGACUUUGAACAAGAAAAAACAGUUAGACCAAGAAGAGUUAAAAAACAAUUUUCUUACGAGAGUGAAGAUGAAGCUGCAAGUUCUGGUAAAGAUUUAUUUAAAGUAAAUUUCUUCUUUGUUGUGCUUGAUAGAGCAAUAUCCUCGUUAAAGGAGAGAUUUGAACUGAUGUAA